AUGUCAGAGGAUGAAAGUUCAGACGACGAUUAUAAUCCGACGCAGGCAGAAGAAAAGGAAUUUGAACGAGAGACCAUAAAACAAAAGGAAGAGGAAGAAACUAGCGAUAAAAUGACGAAGAAACAGUCCGAAGAAGCUGAUGAAAUUUUGAGAAGUUUCAAAGAAAACAAGCCCAUUCCUCGUCGAUUCCUCGGCUCUCCAAAGAAACAAGAAUCUUCGACACCAGAAUCAUCUUCAAAUACCAAAACUGAAGAUGUUCCUGUGACGAAAACUAUCGUCGAAUUCGCUGGAGAAACCAUCGCUGUAGAAACUAAAGCUGCACCUCCACCACCGAAAAAAUCAGGCCCGAAGAGGAAGAAGUCACGACUGGACGAAAUUCUUUUGAAAAAGAAGAAAAUCACGACGAUAGAAAAGACAAAGAUCGAUUGGGAGCGACACAAGAAAGAAAAUAAUCUGGAAGGCGAAAUCGAAAAGUUCUCAAGGUCGAAAGGAAGCUUGGUGGAAAAGAACGCGUUUCUCAACCGCGCGGAUCAACGAAAAUUCGAGCAAGAGCGCGAAGAAAGGCUACAGAGAAUCAAUAACAGAAAAAUUAACUGA